AUGCGUCCCCUGUCACCUCCCCCUGUUGCCUCCUCCCCUCCCCCCGUUGCCUCUCCCCCUCCCCCCAUUGCCUCCCCGCCUCCCCCUCUUGCUUCUCCCCCUCCCCCCGAUUCCUCCCCUCCGCCUCCCCCUCUUUCCCCUCCCCCUCCUCCGCCCUACCCGCCCCCAGAAUCUCCCCCGCCUGCCUUCCCCCCGCCCGCCCCCUCCCCUCCUCCCCCCUCCCCUCCUCCCCCUUCCCCUCCUCCACCCUCCCCUCCUCCCCCCUCCCCACCUCCCUUCUCUCCUCCUCCCCCUUCCCCUCCUCCUCCAUCCCCUCCUCCCCCAUCCCCUCCUCCCCCUUCUCCCUCCCCUCCUCCCCCUGACCUCUUCCCCCCUCCCCCCGGUCUCUCCCUCCCCCCGUUCCUGAUCGCUGCCCCCAGCCCUCCCCUCGACCCCACGCUCCGCCCCACCCACGGCUCUAUGCGCAACGACGGGUCGAUCCCCUCUUUCCCUCUCGCUUCCGCUCUCCCGGACUCUCCUCUCUCGCCUAAUCUCCUCUGUAGGCUCGGGUUUGGGGGUGGGGGAGCAGGAGGGGGGAGCGGAGGGGAUGGGAGUGGGGGGGAGGCGGGGGCACCUGCUGCUGCGGACAUGGGAGGGGGAGGGGGAGGGGAGAGCUUUAAUGUGGGAUCGGCGAAUGUGAAUAAAGUGGAGGUGGUGUGUGGGGGCAGUGGAGCACAAGUGGAUGCUAGCAAUCAGUUCUACUUUGUUGGCCCGCGGCUGGCAGCGCGGACCUUCCAGCCGCCCUUGGGGUCAGCAGUGUACGCGGGAGCAACGCUGCGAGUCACCUUCUCUUCCAUGCAGCUCUCCUCUGCUUCCAUGCAACUCAACCUCAACGCUGGAGAUCCCACCGCUGCUGUAGCUCUUGCCGAGGACCGCCGAUGCGCGCUCUUCUCCCUCUCCUGA